UCCCCGACGGGCUGCAGGCGGUGUCUGCGUGCGGCGGGGCGCGGGCCGGGGCAUGGAGCGGUGGGUCGGGGCCGCCGCGGGCUGGGGCUCCCUGUGGGGAACCGGCUGGGGCCGCUGGCCGUGCUGGGAGUUCUUGGCCGCUUGCGCGGUCAUCGGUGCCGUGGGCUGGCUGCUGCGGCUGCUGGAGAGGAGGCCGGGCGGCCGCAAGGCGCCGGCGGCGGCCAUCUCCUCCGCGGUACCCCUCUCCUCCGCGGCGCCGCUCUCUGCGCGGAGCCGGCACUGCAGUGGGAGCCGCCCAGGUGAAGUAACAAUGGAUGCAAUAUUAGCCCGAUUGAAGCAGCUCAGUGCUGAUGAGCUUAGACAAGAAAUAAUAAGAGCAGGACUGAAAUGUGGGCCCAUUACCUCAACCACCAGGUUUAUUUUUGAAAAGAAAUUGGCUCAGGCAUUGUUGGAGCAGCAAGGAGCUCAGGGGGAAAAAGGAUCUGCUGUGUCAGGAGAGGCUGCUGGAAAUGUCCCAUCUGACAGCAGCCAGGCAGAAGCACAGAAGGCUUUGAAAACCACAGCAGUGAGUCACAAUGGCCAUGGAAGUGUUCCUGAAGAGAUGGACUUCGGGUACUGUGUAGGUCUGAACCCUCCAGAAGAAGAUGUGAUGCAUGUGAAUGGUUCAGCUCCAGCCUGUGGAGCAGGAUGUGUUGAUUCACAAAUUAGUACUCAGACACCAUCCAGAGAUCCUCCGCUGUUCUACGGUGUUUGUCCUGUUUAUGAUGACAUAUUGGCAAGGAAUGAGAGAAUACAUGUUUAUGAAGAUAAAAAGGAAGCUCUUCAAGCUGUUAAGAUGAUUAAGGGUUCCCGUUUUAAAGCUUUUUCAAACAGAGAGGAUGCUGAGAAAUUUGCUAAGGGAAUCUGUGAUUAUUUCCCAUCUCCAAGCAAGUCCUCUUCAUGUCUGUCUCCAGUGAAAAUGGGAUCAUUUAACAGAGAUGGCUUAUGCUCUCCUGAGACUGAAACUGUUAAUAAGGAGAGAGCCAACAGCUACAAAAGUCCCCGUACUCAAGAUCUUACUGCUAAACUUCGGACAGCUGUUGAGAAAGGAGAUGCAGCAACAUUUUCAGAUCUUAUUUGGAGUAACCCUCGCUACCUGAUUGGGUCAGGAGACAAUCCUACAGUUGUACAGGAAGGGUGUCGAUACAAUGUCAUGCACGUUGCUGCCAAGGAGAACCAAGCUGGUAUCUGCCAGUUAUUACUGGACACUUUGGAAAAUCCUGAAUUUAUGAGGCUUAUGUAUCCAGAUGAUAAUGAUGUCAUGCUGAAGAAUCGCAUCCAGUAUAUUGUUGAUCUUUACCUUAAUACACCAGAUAAAGUGGGAUUUGAUACUCCAUUGCAUUUUGCCUGCAAGUUUGGGAAUUUGGAUGUUGUAAAUGUGCUUACCUCACACCCAGCUAUUGUGAAAAAUCCAAGGAACAAAUACGAUCAAACUCCAGCGGAAGUAGUUUGUGAAAGAAGCAAGAAUAAAUCUGCGGAAUUGAAAGAAAAAUUAAGAGAGUACUUGAAAGGCCAAUACUAUGUACCGCUCCUGAGAGCAGAUGACAAUUCCUCAGCUCCUGUAAUUGGUGCUCCUUGGUCACCUGAUCAGAUAGAUGACAGCCCCCAGAGAACUUUACCUAAAUACGUGGGCAGCCCCAAAGAUCCAGUGUUGUCCAUUAGAGCUUAUGCAGGCCCCAUGAGUCCCUCUAAGGCUGAAGAAUUUCGCAGGCUUUGGAAGAAUCCGCCUCGAGAAAGAGCUGGCUUCUUCCACAAUGUCAGGAAAUCUGAUCUGGAGAGAGGUGUUGAAAGAGUUGGAAGGGAGUUAGCUCAUGAGCUGGGGUUCCCGUGGGUUGAAUACUGGGAAUUUCUGGGCUGUUUUGUUGAUCUGUCUUCCCAGGAGGGGUUGAGAAAAUUAGAAGAGUACCUGAGUCAUCGGGAAAUGAGCGAAAAGGCUCAGCAGGGAACAGGGGAAAAUGAAACCUGCAAUAGAUACAAAACUCCACUCCCUUCUGGCAGGAGUAAAAAGUGCUGCAAUUCUGUUUCUGUUGGAGCAUUUCUGGAUGAUGAUGAUGAUGAUGACAUGAGCUUAGAAGAAAUUAAAAACAGGCAAAAUGCAGCACGGAAUAUCAGCCAGCCUCUCAUGUCCAAAGAACCCAGCAUUGAUGCCAUCGGAGAUGCCGAGUGUGACAUCUUGUCCAUGGGGCGUACAGUAAACAUCAUAGAAACAUCAGUUCACCCCAGGCACUACGAAAACGCAGCUUCUUCCAGCAAAAAUGGAUUUUGUAAUCCUGUGUCCAGUGAAAGGAUCAUCAGUGACAGAAAGCAUUUGCAUGACGGAGAAGAAUGCCUCGUAGCGCCUGUUUGCAAUUUGAUGUCAGAAUUUGAAAGCCUGUCAUUCCAAGAACAAAGGGUUCCCAGAGAAUCAAAUAAAAUCACUGCAAAAACUCAGAAUGAGAGAAUUCUGGCUGAAGGAACAAGUCAGAUGAGAAUAUCCAACGACUAUCUGGAUAAGGCCUGCCAUGCGGUUUCACUGGCAAGUUCUUCUGAGCCAAGUGUUGCAGGCAAACCUGGAGAGACCAAGUUAAGGACAGAACACAGAAUACCACUAGAAAAGGACAGACAGUCCAGGGAAUCUGGAAUUCAGGCUAACGAGGCACAACGUCAAGAACUUUCUUCCCAGAAAUUUCUCUCAAAGACUUCACCCGCAAAUGACAAUUCUAAGAUAUUCCUGUUUGGGGAGCAGCCCUCGAAGCUGGAUAGUGAUGUCUUAGCAGCGAUAGAAGGAGUAGAGGUUGAUCCACAGAAAUACCCAACAGUCUACAAAUGGAAACAUGCGGUGCAGUCGUACUCUUCAUCUGACAGGCAAAGUUGGCCGAGUCCAGCACUGAAGGCAAGGUUCAAGUCCCAAACUGUCACUGCUGGCCUUCCAGGUGCUUUUGUGUAUCCCAAUUCAGGAAGAAAUAGUCCUGUGACAGGAAGUCCAGGAAAAUACAGCAACGCGGCCUCAUUCUCUCCAGAUCCCAGGAGUCCCGGGCGCUACAGUCCGGCUUGUGUCAACCAUGCUCUGCUGAAGCUGCGUUACUUUUCAGAGCCUCCUGCCCACUAAAACACGACUCAUCUUCUGGGACUUCAGUUGUAUUUUCUUUGUUAGAGUGGAGGAAAUACUACAAUGUUACUAAAGUGACAUGAGGUUUGUACUUGGCUAUUUAUUUUUCCUCAAUUGAGGACAACUGUAUGUUAAAAAAAAAAAGAAGAAUCUAUGUCUUUAUGCCAUAUAGGAGAUAGAUUACUGGUGAUGCGCGAGUAGUGACAGUGCAGUUGUCCAGUAGCUGUGAAUUAACCCUUGUUGCCAGUGAAGCAGUGCCCAAACCUUCACCUAGAAAUGAACCCAUCAGUCCUCAGCUGCAGAGCUGCUGCAGGGCUGAACUGGUAGAGGCACAGCCCCAGUGAACACACAUCGCAGGAGAGCAGAGUGAGGGCAAGAAGUAAAACGUUCUUCCACUUGCAGGGGGAUGCUCAAAGAGAAGAGCCUAAAGCAAAGCCUGAGUAAAGAAAUGACAACGUUCCAGUGCUGAGCAGGGACGUGAAACCCUGUGCAAGAGCAGGCAGUGAGUGUUCACAGCCAGGGGUUUGGUCUAGACAGUUGGACACACACACACACACACACACACACACACACUUGUAUAGAUGGUGUAGCUAUGCACAACUUUAUGCAGAAAAGUCUUUGCUUGUUCUGAAGCUGUUAAAACCACCAUGAUACGCCGAGUGCUUUGUCAGCAGGGCACUAGGGAUCACUGGUAUGCCUUUACAUCUUAGCUUGGAGAAUAGAAAAAUAAAUAAAGAUUAGCUGUUUUUUUUCCCACAGAAGCUUCUAACAUUAGCAGAUUUUGAUAGCUGUUACACAAAAGCACAUCAGCAAUAAUUACAGCAAAUUUACCAGCAAGACACCGUAAUGGUCUAGUUUGUCCUCUCUUGGGGUGAUGGCCAGUGGCCCAUAACUUACUUCCCAGCUGUAAAGAGAAAUAGGAAUAAGGACUAAAAAUAUUUUUAUUGAAAUCUAAGCUUUUAGGAUGUCUCUGGGCUUGCUGUGAUCAGUUUUUGUUACAGCAGUCAAUAAUUCCAUUCUUUAGCCUUCUGUCAGACUUCUUGCGACAGUGCGGUGCCAAGACUGACAAAUGCUUUUUGAAACUGAAGACAAUAUCCAUUAUCAUCAGGCUUAAUGGUUGUACGGUUGCUUGAAACAGAAAGCUCUAGGUGUUGACAGCUCAAGGUAAAGAAAAAAAGAAACCCUAUCAUUACAGUUUAAAUCUGAUCAGAAAAUUGAAGUCUGCAAAGGCAGUGCUGGUAAAAAGGGAAGGGCUUGGAGUCACUGGUGCUACACGGUAAGUGAUGGGAGGCCUUGGGUGGCUGUAAGCCAAGGGUAGCCUUGAAGAGACAGAAUGGGGCAGCACAGAGGGGCUGAGCCCCAACCACCCCAAGGCUGAGGCUGGACAUGAGGAUGUGAGUCUGGAGCUCAGGCAGUGCGAUGCUGGUGCAAACGCUGCCGCAUGGACACAAGGGCACACCCAGCAGGAGGGUCCUGAUUUGGUACAGACCUAAAGAACUGCACUUAACACUCCUGCAAGCUUAAUAGUGCCUUUUGUAACAUAUUUUUUUAAUUAUACUUUUGUUCUUUUAGAAGUUAAAUAAAAAAAAAAAGUGGCAUCCACUUGCUAUGGGCACAUAAAAUAAGAUUUUCUUCUGGGCUUUGUGAACAGAACAUGUUUUAAUGUCUCAGUUGGAUUAUUUGGUGCGACAGCUCUCCAAUGGGGGAGAGCAUUCCUCUUAGAAAUUAUUCUUUAAAAGAUUUUUUAAAAGCUCUUUAUAAUGGGUCAAGCCUAUUUCCAAUGAGCUGGGCAUUAGAAAGAGCUACUUGACACAGCUGCCUGUUGGUCAGCGAGAUGCCCAACAUGGAACUAGGGUGGGAGGGGUGUGUGGGAUGUCGUUCUUUAAGAGACGUUUUAAAACCCCACAGCCAUAUGCUGCUGCACUACCAGGGACAUUAACUGACUCCUUCCCCAGGGUUCUUUUCAGUCUGGUUUCUCACCGCAGUAGGCUCUGCAGUCACAUACUUCUACAGGUCACAGAUAACUUCUGUAGGUCACAAAUUCCUACUGCUUUGGGGAAUUUUGUUUUUAAUAAUUUAAUGGAAAUGUUUUUGUUAUUCUGGAGAAAUGAGGCGAUUGCCUGAUGCCCUGCUAAAGCCAAAUUCCUGGAGUGAGGGGCCACAGCUGCUGUCAUCCACCUUGCCCCUUCUCCAGCCGUUGCCCUUUUGACAAGCUGGUUGCAGAGAGGGAUAUGAACACUUGUACUUCUCCCCUUUUACCUGUAUUAUGUUUUGAUUUUUGUACUAUUUAAAUGUAUAUUACUGGUAUGUACAUGUAGGCAGACACCACCCCCUCCCACCUUUCACUUUGUAAUUCUGUUCUCGUUUGGUCAAGAGAGUAUUUUUUUUACCUGUCUUACUAAUGUGCAUUAGUCCAGUUGUACUGCAUCUUCUGAGGUCAUUUUUCUAACAUCUCUUUCAGCUAUUAAAAUAAAUAAAUAGCCAU